GGCCUGAGGCGGCUGCUGUCCUCAGUGCUGGGGGCCGCCCUGCGGGGAGAAGGAAGCUGCUGCAGCCUGGCAGGGUCCUGUGCUGACCCAGAAGCUGAGGCUUCCCGUCAGCCCACGACCCUGGGCGGUUCAGGGAUGAGUGUUUCAUUUCAGAAAGUUCAGGAAAGCCUCUUUUACGGAACGUCUUUGGUGUGCUUUUCUCCCGAAAUUCACCUUUCUAAAAGACAUGAAGCAAUACUAUCACAAAGGUUAAUGUUACUCCAGAAAAUGAAGAAUAAAUUUGGAGAUCAGAACACACAAAGGGCAUCUCUUCUGCAAAGCACUGAGACUGCUUCUAAAAGGAACCGUAGUCUCCUCCUGUCCUUUCGCCACCACACCUCCUUUACCCCAGCCCCAUCUACUCCUUCUCUUCUGCUCCUCAGAAAAGGGAAGGCCUCUCAUGGACAUCAACCAACCCUGGGAUAUCAAGCCACAGACAUAGAUGCUGCAGAGAAGUCAUUACAGACCAGGCUCACCCCACAUCCACAGCCUGCUGUGCUUUCUCUUGAGGCUCGUUACUGGGCAUCAGUAGAAGAACAUGUCCCCAAUUGGGAACAGUUCCUUUUAGGAAGAGCACAGAAUCCGAUUGGUGGUGAAAAGCAAAGUGAGGCAGAAAACACCCUUCAAAAUAAGGUUAGCGCCAGCUAGUGUGGAUGCUUUCUAUUAUUUACUACCGGAACAGCAACAAGACGCUGCUGGAAAGUCUGCCAUGCUUAACUGCUCUCAUCUGAUACUAGUCAUAUGGAGUCAUAAGACUGUGUGCCUCAGACAGACUUUUCUGAGUCCUUAACUAUUAAAGCAUUCAAUAUGUUGCCAGUUUCAGGAGACUCGGAAUGGUUUGAGAAAGAAUGAUGAGAGCUGGGAACGGUUUCUGCAUUCUGACUGAUUUCUUUGAGGAUUACCAACAUUGUGAAAAAAAAUAAUGCCUUCCUCGAUGUUAUCCUUCAACUUGACCUCUCCUUUCUACUCUCUAAAACUUAAAAGUAAAGUAAAUAAACUCCCAAAAGCUGUGGGCCACAGCCCUCAACAGAA